GAUAUGGACUUUGAGGGCGUGGCCGUUGCCUUCUCCCAGGAGGAGUGGGGGCUCCUUGAUGAGCCUCAGAGACUGCUGUACUGCGAUGUGAUGCUGGAAGUGUUUGCACUGGUCUCAUCUGUAGCUGUGGGGAAGGAACUACAUUUCCCAGAAUGCCUCGAGUGGAUCGGCAGCGCCGCGAACCAAUGAGAACUUAGGAGGAGGCUACCGUGUGUGACGCACUACGAGAGGGCGGUACUUCGUGCGACUCCCCUGUUAGUUGCUGUGGGUUUUGUCUGUCAGAGGUUCCAAGUCGCUCAGUCCGGACCCAGGUGCCGGGUACUAAAGGGGCGGGAGUCGUUCUCCGCGCCCCACAGAGGCGGGUGUGAGGCUCGGCGACCCCGCGAGGCACCCGCUUCAGGGCGGGAGGGAACCGCCCCCUCGCCCGCCGCCGCCGCCCGCUCCGCCCGAUGGCGGCGGCCGCGCCCAGGCGCCUGGCUGAGCUGCCCCCGUCCCGCCAGGGAAGGGUGACCUUUGAGGACGUGGCAGUGUACUUCUCCUCGGAGGAGUGGGAGCUCCUUGAUGAGGCUCAGAGGCGCCUGUACCACGAUGUGAUGCUGGAGAACUUGGCCCUGAUGGCCUCCCUGGGUUGUUGGCAUGGAGCCCAGAAUGAGGAGGCCCCGUCUGAGCUCAGCAGUUCUUCACAAGGAGGGUCCCAGGUCAGGACCUGCAAGGCAGGUGUGUCUCCCCCGGAGGCCCAUCCCUGUGAGCUGUGUGGUGUGGACGUGAGAGACAUUUUGCACUUCACUGGGCACCAUGGGCAGACCCUGUACAAGACGGGGGCCUGUGAGAAACAGUUGGAUGUUAGCGCGGAACUUGAGCAUCAGAAGCAGCACACGGGAGAGAUGUGCUUCGGAGGCCGCGUGGAUAGAGCCUCCUUUGGAAAGGACUGCAGAUUCUGUGUGUCAGGGCAGCCUGAUUCCUGUGAGGCGGUUGUGAGGGACUUCCUGGCCAGCUCAAGAUUCCUCCAGCAUCAGGCCGCACACACCAGGGAGAAGUCAAACCAGGGAACUGAGUGCGGAACAGCCUCUCAUAAGGAAAGAACUCUGUCUGACCCAGAAUACACUAAAGAUUUUAAUUGCAAACGCAAGCUUGUUCAAGACCAGAGAGUCCUCACCCAAGAAAUAUGCCACGUGAGCAAUGAAUGUGGAAAAUCUUACAGCAAAAGCUAUAGUCUGAAUGACCAUUGGAGAGUUCACACUGGGGAAAAGCCUUAUGAGUGCGGGGAAUGUGGGAAGUCCUUUAGGCAAAGCUCUAGACUCAUUCAACACCAGAGAGUUCACACUGGAGCGCGGCCUCACAAGUGUGAGUUAUGUGGAAAAUUAUGUAGCAACAAGUCCAACCUCAUUAAACAUCGAAGAAUCCACACUGGAGAAAGGCCUUAUGGGUGUAGUGAAUGUGGGAAGUCCUUUAGUGAAAGCUCUGCACUCCUUCAACACCGGAGUGUUCACACAGGGGAGAGGCCUCAUGAGUGCAGUGAAUGUGGAAAGUUCUUUACCUACCACUCCAGUCUCAUAAAACACCAGAGAGUUCACUCUGGGUCCCGGCCCUAUGCCUGCAGUGAAUGUGGAAAAUCCUUUACUCAAAAGUCCAGCCUCAUUGAACACCGCAGAGUCCAUAGUGGGGAAAGGCCAUAUAAGUGCAGCGAAUGCGAGAAAUCUUUCAGCCAAAGCUCUGCGCUUCUUCAGCAUCGGAGAGUUCACACUGGAGAAAGGCCUUAUGAGUGCAGAGAAUGUGGGAAAUUCUUUACUUACAGCUCCAGUCUCUUAAAACACCAGAGAGUUCACUCUGGUUCAAGGCCUUAUGAGUGUAGUGAAUGUGGAAAGUCCUUUACUCAAAAUUCUAGUCUCAUCAAACACAUAAGAAUUCACACAGGAGAAAGGCCUUAUGAGUGUAGCCAAUGUGGGAAAUCUUUUAGCCAAAGCUCUGCACUUUUUCAGCAUCAGAGAAUUCACACGGGAGAAAUGCCUUAUGAGUGCAGUGAAUGUGGAAAAUGCUUUACUUACAGCUCUAGUCUCUUUAAACACCAGAGUUCACACCAGAGAAAGGCCUUAUGAGUGUGGUGAAUGUGGGAUAUCUUUUUUUUUUUUUAAUAUAUUUUAUUGAUUUUUUACAGAGAGGAAGGGAGAGAGAUAGAGAGUUAGAAACAUCGAUGAGAGAGAAACAUCGAUCAGCUGCCUCCUGCACAUCUCCCACUGGGGAUGUGCCCACAACCCAGGUACAUGCCCUUGACCGGAAUCGAACCUGGGACCCUUCAGUCCGCAGGCCAACGCUCUAUCCACUGAGCCAAACCGGUUUCGGCGAAUGUGGGAUAUCUUUUAGGCAUAGUUUGAACCUCAUUAAACAUCAAAGAUUUGCCCUAGCUGGUUUGGCUCAGUGGAUAGAGCUUCGGCCAGUGGACUGAAGCGUCCCAGGUUAAUUCUGGUCAGGGGCACAUGUCUGGGUUGCAGGCUUGAUCCCUACUAGGGGGUUGCAGGAGGCAGCCAAUAAAUAAUUCUCAUCAUUGAUGUUUCUCUCUGUUCCUCUCUGGAAUCAAUUUAAAAAAAAAAUAAAGAUUUCACACUGCAUAAAGGCCUUGUGAAUAUUGCAUGUGGAAAAUCAUUUUAUGUUCAACUCCAGGCACCUCCAGGUCUUAUUGCUCAAGCUACUGUUAAUAUUGAGGUUCUAGUCACUGUUUGGGGUCCUUUGAAGUUGACCUGUUUGCUAGUAUGAAGAGGUGAACAG